GAUUAGCAGUUCCAAAAAUCUGGCACAGGCCAGACUUCGCAAUAUGAGUAGUCGUUCUCCGACGUCUACCAGUGAUCAUGUCCAGGUUCAUCAUGCUGCGUCGGCUAGUGUCGACUACCCUGUCGCAGGUCCGCUCAUGACCACAUCAUCACCAACACAGUCAAGUCCAAGGAGGUCGUCGCUACCCGAUGCAGUUGUCAGGUUUGCAGAGAUGCUGAAGAAACGCUACGUUGGUGCUAAGGUACUGUUGGGCAAGGGUAUGUGCGCUAAACCGAACAGACGAGCGCUAGAUAAGAUGUUUGUGAAUGUCGUUGUCAUACCUCGUGAAGACCUGGCAUCACUGAAUGAACAAACAUUCUUCGGUUCGCAAAGCGAUGUGCAGAAGUUGAGCCAUGUCUUCUCGCGGGUUGCGGACAAAGUGCAGCACGUGCAACUGGCCAAUAUGUUUGACUUUGACGGGGAAGACAUUGAUGAAGACGAAUCAGUUCGUGUAUUGGCUGUUGCAUGUGCUGGCGCUGGCAAAACGACCAUAUUCGUGUUGAAAGGUCCGCUGGACUGGGCAAGAGGUUUAAUGUGGCACGAGUUUGACAUUGUGAGUGCGUUAGCAUUGCGUGAUGCAAGUGUUCGACAUGCCAGAAAUGUUGUUGAUCUGUUACAGCUAGAGCGCUAUGGAAUUGUAGAUGUGGAGGAGCAAAAAGAAAUUGCUUCCUUUGUUCAUGCCAAUCUGAAACAUGUGUGUGUGAUUCUGGAUGGGUUGGAUGAAACUGUGCUUGGUGACUGCAGUGAUUUUGUGCGUGGCAUUAUUCGUGGUGAGGAGUUGAAAGGCAUUCGACUGCUUCUCACGUCACGCCAUUCUGCAGAAGUGAUGAAACUGGCUGUUUCAUGUCCAUUUGAUAGGCGGGUUGAAGUACUGGGUUUCACCAAAGGCAAUGUUCGCGAGUAUGUGAACAAUGCUCUCCCAUGCGCAGAGGCUAGCAGGCUACUAGAGAAGGUGGAUGCUGAUCCCAGCCUCUCAGCUAUUAUGCAAACACCUUACUUCACACAGUCGACGUGUGAUGUGUUUCGUAGUUGUGGCUCUGUACCUUCAUCACUGUUUGGUAUCUUCAUGUCGUUGAUACUGAGUAUGAUUCGACAGAACACUGAGAGUGCGUAUCCAGACUGGGUGUCUGUGCCACGCUUGCUGCAGGAGCAAAUUCUUGAGUUGGGUCAUUUUGCUUUUGUAUCGUUAAUGAAAAAGAAGGUAGUGUUCAGUGAUUCUGAUCUAGAUGCAGAGCAGGUUUCUAGAGAAAGUCGAUCACUUGGUGUUCUUGUAGCUUGUGAGUCACUGUCAUACCCGUCCAUCACUCAAUGGCAAUUCAGCCAUCUUUCAGUGCAAGAAUGUCUUGCUUCUCUUUACAUGGCAUCCACUAAUCCUGAUGCCAGUGAUGUAGAAUAUUUGGUGAGGCAAGUAGGAGCUCUGACGGGUCACUUGAGCACAUUUUGGUGUCUUCUUGCAUCACAACUGACAGCGGUCAGCAGAGAGUCGUUGAUUGCAUCCAUUCUCACACAGCGUAUCCCUGAUAAAGAGGAUGUGAACAAGCUGACAUCAUGUUGCGAUGUGACAAAGUUUCUUCGCUGCUUCGAAGAUGAUCUUCUUGAGGUGGUAGAGUUGCUAUGUGGGCAUCUUGAUGAGGCAGCAGUGCAGAGUUUAGCAAGGUGUCUUCUUAAAGAUCUACUGCCAGACAAUGUGAGUGUGGCACAGGCCAUUGAAGAAGUUCUUCCUCACUCUUUCUCGUCGUCUUUGUACGACGUAGUUCAUGCUCUUUUGCAGCUGUGGCGUCGCAAAGUCCCCCGUGCCAGUAUGAGAAUACUGUGCACUGCCUUGAAGUCUAUCAACCCGCAUGUAUCCAACUGUCUCCACCAGUAUCUUGUAUCGAAACGCACGGAAGACUCACAGGCUGCAGAACUUCUUUCUUCAGCUGCGACAGACAGCUCUGUGCAUUCUGUCAUGACUGUUCCACCAACGGAGUCGGCAUCGUCAGCUGACUUGCUACGUGAAGUAUUGACUCCAGUUCGCCGCCAAUUGUUGUUACUGGCUUGCCGUGUGUAUGCACAGCCCAGUGCAGACACAGACAACAUGACCAGCUGUAGUCAGUCACCUUCACCUAGUCUAGAACUAGCCUUCGAACAUUAUGGCUUUGAUUUCACGAACGUGGCUGUCUCGCCCGCUGACUGUCAUCUUCUUUCGUUAGUACUGAGGAAUCACAGUAGAUCUGUCAGUGCUGUGUGUCUGAAUGAUUGUCAGAUUACUGAUGAUGGUUUUGAGCAACUCACUACUGGUCUAACUCAUUGUCAUGGGCUGGCUAAGUUCUCUCUCCCAAACAAUGCACUGACUGACCGUUCUGUGGCACGUAUCCAUAGUGUUAUCUGUGAAAACCACACAGCUCUUCAAGAACUUUCCUUAAAGAAUUUGCAGCUGACAUCAUCUGGCUAUGCUCAGCUGGUACCCGCAGUGCUCACAUGUCAUGACCUGGUGUACCUGUCCAUAGGUAGUGUGUCCUGUCAGGAUAUCAAAACUAAUGUUCUCAUAGCUAUCACCGUGCUGGCUUACUGUAAGUCUCUUACAAGUCCCUGGUUUUACUUCCCGAUCGGUGAUGAUGGUCUUGGUCUGCUUUCUGAGCUGCUGACAGGACGGCCAUUUCGUUACAUGGCCUUCAUGCAUGCGAUGCUCACACCACACAGCACUUGGGUUGUCAAACACGUUCUUCGUGUGCACUCUCAGUACCUUGCAGUGCUUAACUUGAGCUACAAUGAUCUUUCUGACAUGUUUCUGUGCAGCAUUGCACCAUGUCUGAAGCAGUGUAAAUCACUGAAGACACUGGCGCUCUCAGAAACAGGCCUUACAUCACAGUCACUUCCGGUACUCGCUGAAAUUGUGUCUUCUUGUCCUGAUCUCCAGCUUGUUGGUCUGCAUGGGAAUGACUUUCAAGCGGAGAAUGACGAGGGCAGUAGGCAGUUUGCAUCAGCUGUAUAUGAAUGUCAAAACCUUGCGGUCCUUUCAGUACCAAAGCGAGAGUUAGUGAAUGAUCAGCUAUGGAGAUUACUUGACUUUGUUGCAGGCGAGAGAGCAGGUCAACUGCGGAUUCAUUGCUGUUGACAUUGUUGGGCAUAACCAACAGUGAAGAUAACGUGUAUAUGCGCAGUGGAAGGAAUGCUAUCGCUUGUCAGACAUGUAAACACUAGACACAGAGAUGAACAUUAUUUCUAUAAUACACUGGUCAUGUGAUGUCAUGUUGAACCACUGCUGGUGGUCAUGUGAUGUCAUGUUGAACCACUGCUGGUGGUCAUGUGAUGUCAUGUUGAACCACUGCUGGAAUGGUUACUACUGUACAUGGUAUUGAUCAGGGAAGUUGAGGAAGAGAGGGAGAGUGGAGCAGGACGAUAUAUGACACUGCAGUUGUGUCUGUUGGUGAAAACACUUGCCACACACACAUGCUGUGCGGAAGCCUGCUCGUUCAGUAGAAGUUGGUGGCUUGUCUGUCCGGGAGCCCCGAUGGUGGUUCAGCACGUUCUAUUCAUAAGGUGAACAUGUGAUCAUGUGAUGAAAUACUUUAUUUUUAUGAACACUGUCUCACCAUUUCACAUUUUUGUGGCAGUUGUCACAUUUCUAUUCCAUCACUUGACUAUGGUAUUUUAUGCCUGUGACAUCACAUGCCUAUGAUGUCAUAAUAACUAUGUUGUCGCUUCAUCAUCCUCGGCGAUUCCUCGCACUCUGGCCACGGCUAUGUGGUAGCCUGACUAUGACAUCACCAGACGUCAUUGUGACACGACUAUGACAUCAUAAUGUGUUAGAAUUAUUUUUAGUUUGAGUACCGUAUAUAAUGAGAUAAUUAUGUUCUGAGUUCAGUGAGUAUAUUGGACAUUGGAGCAGAAACUGGUGGUACGGAUGUUACGCACUGACGUUGAUCGGGCUCAGCAGUCACCUAACUGGAGAGUGAAAAGAGUGAAAGAUUUUCAGAGAUCUCAGCGUACUGGCUGUUCUCUGUGAUUCCUCCGCGGUCAUGAAGCAAAGCUGAGUGGCAUUCAGUAGCAUUCGUCUGCCGGGGAAAAUCACAGGAUUGGAGGGCAAAGAUGGUGGUAGUUGUGUGCCGAACGCUCUAAUGCAAGUAUUUCUGCCAGAAGACUGGAGUGAAGUGAUGUGUGGCUCAGUCCCCAGCCGCAGUGGAGCCGUGUUGUGGCGCGCACUGUGCGUCCUGCGGCUGCUGCUUCCGUUCGGUCUAGGGCAGGAAUAGACACCGCUGUUCAGGUUCUCCCCCGGCCAUACGUCAGUCUCGGGGAAACAGUCGUAGGUGACCUGAAUCCCGGCGACCUCUCGUUGUGUCCCGGACGCCGUGGGACGGCAUUCUCCUCUUCUCUCAGUCUCGUGGAAACAGUCGUAGGUGACCUGAAUCCCGGCGACCUUUCGUUGUGUCCUGGACGCCGUGGGACGGCAUUCUCCUUCUCUGCUCCUCCGGGCCGACGUGACCCUUGUGGCAGUGGCUCGAUAGGACAGGACAGGACAGCUAUUGUUGAUGUUGUUGGUGAUUCAGAGGAGGUGAUUUCUCGGUGGCAUUCAGUAGCAUUCGUCUGCUGGGGAAAAUCACAGGAUUGGAGGGCAAAGAUGGUGGUAGUUGUGUGCCGAACGCUCUAAUGCAAGUAUAUCUGCCAGAAGACUGGAGUGAAGUGAAUAUGUUUGUGUUAUCGUAUCAACAGCAGAGCGGUCGUCCUGGUAUUACUGUAGCUGUGUAGCAGAUGGAUCUGACUACUACAAGUGUGUGGCUCAGUCCCCAGCCGCAGUGGAGGCGUGUUGUGGCGCGCACUGUGCGUCCUGCGGCCGCUGCUUGCGUUCGGUCCAGGGUAGGAAUAGACACCUUUGCUCAGGUUCUCCCCCGGCCAUACCUCAGUCUUGGGGUAACAGUCGUAGGUGACCUGAAUCCUGGUGACUCGUUGUGUCCUGGACGCCGUGGGACGGCGUUCUCCUCUUCUCUCUCCGUUGCUACUCCAGGCCCACGUGACCCGUGUGGCAGUGGUUCGAUAGGACAGGACAGGACAGUGUCUAUCGCAGAUAGCGUUGCCAGUGUCUCUACUGUUACUGCUGCUUUCUCCAUGGUCAGCUGUGCUGAACAGUGAUCCAUUACGUGUGUGUCAGCGAGUGCUCAGAUGAUGGGCAGAAAUCUGGAUGGCAGAGCUGUGUCUUAGUAAGGGGGAUUAUCCGCAGUGGCGGCGUGGUUGUUCAUAUUGAAGCGGGUUGUUCUGUCAUGGUCUCCAUAUGCAAAGUGAUCUGUUGGUUGAUGGACGGAUGCCGGGAUGGUUCAGAUUUGAAAGUUGCAGUUGCUGGUCGAGUUGCUGAGAGGGUGAUGCUGCUAUGAUAGAGAUCAUGACUCAUGGUAUUGUCAGUAGCUGUACUAUUCCUCUGCUUCAUCUCUGGUCCUGGGGAACAGGAAUCAGAUGUAUGCAGAUCAGUGAGGUUUCUGAUGACGUACACAUACCUGGAUGAUAUUGCUGCAAUGCAGAAAGGUGCUUCUGCCAUGGUUUCGCAGGACAACUUCUAGUUGUGGAAAUGAUUUGUUUGGGUGACUGAACAGAAGACUGGAUGGUUCAUAUUGGAAAGGUGCUGUUGUUAUGGUUACCUGUGUUGUGGAUGAUGAGGUUGCUGGUGUAGGAGACCUGAACAUUACUGGCUACUGUUCAUUACUAGAAGAAUGCAGAGGAUUGUCAAGAUGUACAUUGUACAUGUCUAUCUGUUCAGACAGUACACAAGGUGAAUGAAGAUGGAACAUAUCCAUUUCAUCAAUAAUUGUUCUCUUCUCAAUUGUUUUUAUUUUGGUCUUGAAACUUCUACCUUCCUUGUCGGAAAAGUAACGUUGUCCCCCCCCCCCUCCCACCCCCUCCCUUAUCACCCCUCCCCCUUAUCAUCCCUCCUCCUCCCCCCUCCCUUAUCACCCCUCCCCCUCCCCCUUAUCACCCCUCCCCCUUUAUCCUUCCCCAACCACACAUAUCAUUGUAUAUUUUAAAUUUUACACACCGCUAGGCCAGGCAAGUUUUCAUGAUAUUUUCUUGCGGUAAUAACUGCUGGUGACUACUUCAAUUUCACUAGAGAAAUGAAAAGACCAUGGUUUACCGGUACUUGCUCUGUGUGUUUGUUCAUGAUCACAUUCAUACACAAAUACUCGUCUGCGUAUCCAUGUUGCACUAUUAUAACUACUGGCCUCGUUUUUGCUGCUGUCCAUGCAAUGGACUACAUAAAAUUAUUAUUUUCCACUGCAUUCUGCACCCGUUUUCUUCCUACUGUUUCCCAUAACUCAGGUGAUAUGUUAUUACCAGUGAUGUGUUUGACUACUUCUCUUGCCACAUAUAGCUGAUACUAGUGAUAGUAAAACUGGAUGUUGUUCUCCAAUUCAUGACUGUAUAUUAUUAUCAUUAAACUGAGUACGGUACUCGAGUACUUGUGUAGUUCAA